CUCUUUACUAUAAUUUAUGUAAGCAUAAUAAAUUUCACAUGGGAUGCAUUAUUUGUCGGAUAAAUUUUUUGGCAAACUUGAUACAAAUGUCUAUUACUAUUAUUAAGUCAAAAAUGAAAAUCCAAAUUAUUGCGUAUCCUUCAAUUAUUAGUGCUUAUUUUUGAAUAAUUUAUUAUUCAAUAAUUAUGUUGAUCAUACAUACGAUAAAUUAAAACCUACAAUUAUAAAAAAUGUUUACGAAUUUGUGGAAUUUUUAUAGCAGAACAAAAAAGCAUAUUUUCGAGAUUCUUCGAGAAGAGAACUUGAAAAAAGUUUUGAAAAAUAUUAUUAAAUUUGAAUAAUGAAUUAGUUUUAAAACAAAUCAAAAAAUAUGAAUGAA